UGCGUUUAUUAUUUUUAUCAAAUAUAUUUAUCGAAGAAAUAUACUUCAUCGAAGAUAAUAGAAUUAUCUUCGAGUGAGUUUCUUUCCAAGCUUGACGUUUAUUAUUGGCAACACAUAAUAAAUUUGAACAGAAAAGUAGAUACAAAUUUAUUUUGAAAAAUUAAAUAGUUAACUGUUACAAUUAGAAGCAACAAAUCAAGAACGCUUACAUUUUUUAAUCAAAUUAGCAUAAUACGACAUACUGUUACGUUAGAAAAAUUAAUUAAGGAAAGGUCACAAGGCGUCAUCCGGAAAAAUUUGACGUACAUGUAUGUACAUCCUCUGAUCGCGGAAUUGAAUAAAUAAAUUUGAAUUACACACUUAAUACAACAGAAGCUUAACAAUACAGCAUAAUGAUAUAACAAUCGUCUAUAAAUUGUAAGACUUACAUUUCAAUAGUCAUUUGAGGCGGUGUCUUCAUACAGAGUGGUUUUUUUUAAGUAGCAGAAUUAUUUUUCUUAGCCGAACUCACACGAUAUUACAGUGAUACUACCAAUAUCAAGAUCAGAUUAUCCGAGAAAAUAAUCGAAACCAUGGAUGAUAAAGAAUCUUGUAAUUCGUGGAACGGUAUAGACUCCGGCGAGGAGAUUGUUAUUUCUGGUAUAUCUGGAAGAUUUCCGGAUUCAGAUAAUAUGAAUCAGUUACAAAAAAAUUUAUUUAAUAAACGUGAACUUAUUAGAGCAGAUCAUGGGCGAUGGCGGACAGAACAUCCGGAUCUACCAAGACGUAUGGGAGUAAUUAAUAAUACGAGAAAGUUUGAUGCGGAUUUCUUCGACUUUCCUUUUGAGCAAGCGCAAAUAUUUCUACCUGAAAUAAAAAUAUUAUUGGAACAUUCUUAUGAGGCAAUUAUUGAUGCGGGGAUCAAUCCGAAACAAUUGCGAGGAAAAAAUACCGCCGUGAUCAUAGGGAACUCCUUGUGUGAAACACAACUUAACUUGAUGUAUACGGAUCUUAAGCUAAAUGGUCUGAAUGUUACUGGAUGUUCAAAAUCUUCACUGGCAAACAUGAUUUCGCACCAUUUUGACCUGAAAGGACCAUCACAAAUAGUCGAUACAGCAUGCAGCUCUAGUCUUUAUGCCAUAAACAUUGGUUAUCGUUAUAUCAUGUCGGGCCAAUGCGAAGAUGCGAUAAUUGGAGCUGCACAAAUAAAUAUUAAUUCAAUUAUAAAUAUGCACUUCUUUCGUUUUGGUACUUUUACUGAUAUUAAUUUUAUAAUACAUUAA